AGGACGCUUACAGGAGCCAAGGAGAUCUUCUACAAGUACGCUUCGUGUCGCCAUGUAUGGAUGGAGGUCUUUCUGAAGUUAGUCUCGGUGUCCUUGGUCUCCAGCGACUCCAUGGGCGACUUCGGCUUCCAGCUCUCGGUGGCCAUCUGUUUGGUGACCGCUGCGACCAUAUCGCUAGCGCGACCCUACGCGCAGCCGCAGGUGAACACCCUUCACAGCGUAUGCUUUGCAAGCUUGGCGAUGGCAUCCGUGGGCUUCUAUCACCACUUUCCGUGGUUGAGCCGUGGUGCUUUGCUGCUUCCCUUCCUCCUAGCUGCUCUACAGCUGCUGCGCCCAGAUAGUGCAGAAGCUCUCAGUGUGCGACUCUUUGACGAGCUGACGAAAGUAGAGGAGCUGAAAGAUGGAAAAGAGGUCUGCUUAGAUGUGGAGCUGUGGCAGUUCGUGUGAGUCGAAACAAAAAGUUGCGAUGGUUAAAA